AUGAUGCGUUCCAGACGCCAAGCGCUGCCGACGCGGAGGGCGCCGCACCCGCGCGAGCGGCGGAAGCGCCGGCGGGGCACGAUCCUCCUCGUGCUGUGCUGCUACGCCCUCAGCACCGCGUGCCUCGCGCUCGGCUACGCGCUCGGCGACUGGCGCCUCGUCGCCGGCGGCGUCGCCGGCCUGGGCGUCGAGCGCGCGCGGCCGGGCGCCCGCCCGGCGGCGCUGCUCGUCCACGCCGGCCUCGCGGUGGCGCUCGCCGCGCGCAUCUCCGGCCUGACGCCCACGGUUGUGGCCGUCGACAAUACAGGUCCACCGCCGCCGCCGCCGCGCCCAAAGCCGAGCACGCACGUUAUCGGAAGCGCCCUCGGCCUCGACGACGAUUCAACGGUAGGCUGGCCGGCGGACCUCGUUGAUUUUGAUGAAGCCCAAAUUAGGGAAAGGCACCCGGCGCUCGCGGCGGACGUAGACGCGGCGCGCGCGCACGAGAAGGAGACGCCGGGGUCGUUCUGCUACACGAUCGAUUCUGAGUUGAGCUGCGUCCCGCGCGUCUAUUUGUUAGGUGCGCCGAAGGCCGGCACGUCGGAUUUGUGGCGGCUCGUCACUUCCCAUCCAUCCGCGGCGGCCGCGCGGCGGAAGGAAACGAGAUUUUUUACGAGAGGCGAGUUCGGCGCGCCGCGCGAGGGUUAUAUAGAUGCGCACACGCGCCUCGACGAAUUUAGUAGGAGCCACCGGGACGUGUCCAGGCGGAUCCAGGCCGGCGAGGCGCUGACCGUGCUCGACGGCGGGCCCCACACGCUCUGGUGGUCGACGCAGCGCCACGACGGCGUCGACUCGAAGAUGGUGCCCGUGCCCCAACUUUUACAUUUUAUGGUACCAGAAGCCAAGCUCAUCGUCUCGCUCGCCGAACCUUCCCGCAGGACCUACUCCGACUACUGGUUCCUCACGUCGGAAGGCGUGGCGGGCCGGCCCAUAAAAGGCAAGCAGCAACCUCUCCAGUCGGCCGACGACUUCCACUCGAAAAUUCUCAAGGACGUCAAGGCGUUGGAGCUGUGCUUCGACGCCUUCGAGCAGCAACAGAACGUCAACCCGAGGUACGAGUGGUCCCUCGAAGCGGUUCAAACUUGUGUUUAUGACCGCAUGCACUUCGGACUUAAUGGAAGAGGGCGGCUGGGGGCGUCGGUCUACGCGGCGUUCGUCGGGCGGUGGCUCGAUGCGUAUCCCCGCUCUCAACUACUUGUACUAAGGUUGGAAGAUAGGCAGGACGACGCUGGUUUGAGGGACGAGCUCGGUCGAGUCUAUGCUUUCUUGAAUCUGGACGCGAGCGUGGCCCGUUCCUUAGACGAGGAGGUCGUAGAAGCUCGGGCGAACGGCGCGAAGGCGGAGCGGCCGCCGAUGCGCGCCGACACGUCAACGGUGUUGCGGGCCUUCUUCCGGCCGCUCAACGAACGCCUCGCGUCGUUACUGGACGACGAGAAAUUUUUGUGGAAGGACGUCGAGACCGGCGGCGGCGGCGUCUCGAGCGAGGACGUCGCGAGGCACAAGCUGGACGAUCGCGCCCAACGCGGCAAGCCAAAGCCCCCUCCACCGCAGCAGCAGAGCCUCGUUGCUUUGGUCGCGGCGGGCGACGCUCAUGGUGUUGCCGAAUACCUCAAGGACGGGGCCGUAACCAACGUCGGCGACGUCCUUUCAGUUGCUGCAUUAACUUUAGAUGAGCCGGUCCUCAAGGUCCUCCUGGACCACGGCUUGGACGCGAACGCGACGGAGGGCCUCGGGAAGGGCCCGGGCGCGUCCCCCUUGCACGUGGCCUGCCAGACCAUGACCUGGGGCGACUCCAUGAAGCAUUCGUUUGUCUUCGCGUUGUUAGCGAACACGGGGCACCCGUUGGACAAGGCGAUCGAGCGCGGUAGUUCGUCGUUGGGCCACCGCGUCCUGCAACACAAGGGGGACACGACCUACGGCCAGCUCCACAUAAGACAGGCGUUAGGUGGUGCUGCUUUACGGGUCGUGCGCCUACUACUCGCACACGGCGGCGACCCGAACGCGCUUGAUGGUCUAGGGCGGACGCCGGCGCAUUAUUGUGCCGCGGCGGGGUUUGGAGAUGCGUUGAUAGCUCUUUCCGAGGGCGGGGCGGACCUGGACAUACGAGAUGCGCCUCAUAUGUCAACGCCGCUCCACGUCGCGGCGUUACAUGGGCAAGGCAGAAGCGUCGUCGCUUUAUUGGAGCGCGGCGCGGACCCCAAGAUCAAGGACGGCCACGGCCACGACCUAUCCAUGCUCGCGGGGGGCAAGGGCGCGCCGUUAAGGGCGUCCCUCCCGUUCAAGGCCGAGGACGAUGACGUGAAUGCGGUCGUUAAUGAUGCGACCGAGGCCGACGCGCCCGAGGUGCUGAGGAGGCGCCUGUCGCGGUUAUUAGGUGGAUUGCUCCGGAGCGACCCCGCCGACGAGAUCGGCGACGACGGCUCCGCAUCGAUGGACGCGCCGGACAAUGCUAGUGAAGACGCGCCGGACGCGGCCGGCGAGCGAGGCCGAGGCGGCUGGGAAACAGCGUCGCGAGCGGAGCUCUCCGAGCUGCUGUAUGGCAAAGGCUCCCCUCCAAAGUCGGACGCGGCGCUCAACAAAGCCUACCGGGAGUGCGACUUUGAAAUUCUAGAAAAGGACGCUUCUUCUGCAGAGAUAUUGGCUAGACUCGCGCAGAACCGGCCUUUUGUCAUCAGAGGUCUCAUAGACGAGACCUGGGCUCUGGACGAGAUGACGCGGGACAAGCUCCUCCAAGCGCACGGCGCGUCGACGGUCACGGUGAGCGCGAUCCCCUACGCGACGAAGUUCAGUGCGCACGCCGACGGCCACCACGAGGUGCAAAGGGAUAUGGCCCUUCGCCACUAUGUGAGCGAUAUGGCCUCGCACAAGACGUCACUUGACAAUGAACGCUACCCCUGGUAUGUAUUUCGGGGCCACCCCGUGGCGAAGAUGCCCCCCAAGGAUAGGAUACACGACACCGAGUCGUGGUUCGUCGACCCUUCACAAUCCCCAACUCCACCGUCGUUGUACGGCGCCUUCGAGGCGGCGUCGGCCUUCGACGCGCACCGGCACACGCCCAGUCAGCGGCACGCUCCUCUCAAAUAUGAAGACAGGUGGGCUUCCCACGACUCAAAAGUGCCGGAGGACCCCUACGACCGCGCCUGGCCCUUCGUGAACCUCCAGUGGGCGCUGGGCGGGCCCGCGAGCGGCGCGCCGCAGCACUUUCACAACACGGCCUGGAACGCGUGCGUUUAUGGUGCUAAAAAGUGGUUGGUCUACCCGCCGGCUUAUGCGUUGAUGUCGAACGAACAGAUCCGAAAAUGGGACGAGGACGACCGCUCUGAACUAGAAAAAGACGGCCAGCCUUCUCCAUUAACAUGCGUGCAGCGGGCCGGCGACGUCGCGGUCGUCCCGGAGAUGUGGGGGCACGGCGUCGUGAACCUCGAGGAGACGUUGGCGGUGGCGACGGAGGUGCGCAUGGCGCUGUUCCGGCCGCCCCUCCCGAAGGCCUUCCGCCAGGUCGCGGCCGUGCUGCGGCGCCGCGAGCCGCCGAAGAAGGGUGUUGAGAGGCGGGGCCACCACGGCGGCGAGGAGCCUCGGAAGCCUCCUCCUCCUCGUCGUCCUCGGCGGCCGCGGCACCACAUCGGCCCGCAGUAG